UGGUCAGCCCUUUCUCUACCAUCAUCUCCACACACAGUCAUCUCUCACCUUACCUUCGGAAAGUGUCAGCACAAUUCUGCCCUUGACACAACCCACCCUCGCUCUCAAAGAUCGACACUCCAUCCAACAAUAUGCCUGGCAUUACCUGGGACGCCGAGGCCGAUCGUAAGAUCUUGCUCUACGUCAUCAAGGACUCCAACGCCGCAGCAAACAUCAACUGGGACAGUCUUGCCGCCGACCUCUCUACUGAAACCGCUACUUGCACCGUUGCCGCUCUGAAGAAGCAUCUCUCACGUCUUCGUGUCUCUGUCAAGAACGGACAAGACAACGGUGACGGCUCCGAAAGUCCCGUCCCCAAGACUCCUGCUCCGAAGAGCAAGGCUAAGGGCAAGGGGUGAGUCUUCCUGUCAGAGUGUGUUGUGAGCCUUUGCUAACCGCUCCUAGUGCUGCUGGCUCCUCUGUUCCUUCCAAGGGCAAGGGCAAGCUCCACCCCA